ACCCAACUGAUUAACAACCGUUUAGGUCAGCAUGUCGCGCGGAAAACCGGUAAACUAGACCGGUGGUUGCGGCUGUGUGGUCACAGAUUACGCUGAGCUGUCGAAAUGAGGACACGGCUCGAGUCUCUUGAAUAAAAAACGUUCACCUCAUUAGGAACACAAAGGGAAACUAAUCCCUGACCCACGCGUUUGGCAGGAUUUGAGGCGUUGGUGAGCGUGAACGCACUGACAUUCAAAACAGUGAUUAUUAUGUUUGUUAUUUUCAUAGUACCGCACCUUGUGGAUACAGUGGACAUGGCAGCACUCACUCAGGCGUCAAUUUCUCCUCCCGAAACGUCACUUCCACGGGAUAUCUGAAACUUUUCCAACGCUGCAAUACCGUGGGAGUCUAUGAGACUGUGUGGGAGGGAUCUCCCGUCCUAAAUCAACUAGCUGGGGAAACUUUUCGGGAGUUAGGAUUCUGGAGGCUACUAUAGCGGCGCUCACCGUCUCACUCUAUUUUUUGAAAAUGUUGUUUGUCUCUCGAGUCUAACACAACAAGGAAGUAUUCACAAUAGCCUUGCUGAUUUGGUGGUUGGUUGGGUAACGAGACACUUUUUUUGUCUAGUGAGUAGGUACACGUUUGAACCUUUUUCGAUUGGAUAUAUUGCGAGCGAUUCCGCAUCAUGUAACAACGGAUGGACAAUGCGCUUCCGAUGCGAACCGAUUGAAUAACUUCUAACCUAUUCAAUUACUUGUUUUCUUCGUUAUUAAUUUAGUUAUAAAAAGGAAUAGGACAGAACAUUUGGCCAUAUUGUUGCAGACAUUUGGCAUAGAAAACCCACCCCAAAAUGUGACACAUCAAGAGGUAAAAGCGAUAAUCAAAACCCAAUUGUAUAAACAUGUUCGAGUCAACUAUCACCGUCAACCCACGGUGACUGAUCCCUAAAGUGGAUCCCCCUUCCCCGGUAUUAUUCUAGCUCGUGCGUGUCCGGUGAACGAGGAGAUGAGCAAGGCGAGAUGGGACAGUGUCUCAGUUCAGAACAAGACCUAACGGAGGAGGGGAAGAAGGCGAAGCUUCAGAGCGCGAAGAUAGACAGGGACCUGUAUGAAUACGCCAAGAGGGAAAUGAACGUGGUCAAAAUUCUAAUGCUCGGAGCAGCAGAGAGUGGGAAGAGUACUCUGGUCAAACAGAUGAAGAUCAUCCACAGCCACGGCUUUACCAAGCAAGAGCUGACCAGCUUCAAGCCGGCUGUGCUGGACAAUCUUCUGACCUCUAUGAAGUUUGUCCUCCAUGGGAUGGGCAUUCUCCGGAUCAACCUGACUAACAGCAAGAACAAGGUGCACGCCCACUCUGUGUUGUCCUGUGGGAGGUGUUUUGAUGAGGAUCAGGUGCUGUUUCCUUUCAUUGGCCACGCCCUUUCCUGUCUGUGGGCUGACCAGGGGGUCCGAGAGGCCGCAGCCAGGGGUUACGAGUUUGAACUCAACGACUCUGCCCUGUAUUUCUUUGGGAACAUGGGUCGUAUCAUCUCUCUGGACUACGUUCCCACGGAGACGGAUGUCCUGAGGGUCAGACUGAGGACCACUGGGGUCAUAGAGACGCAGUUCAAAGUCAAACACCUGCUCUUCAGGAUGUAUGAUGUAGGGGGUCAGAGGACAGAGAGGAGGAAGUGGAUUGGUUGUUUCGAGGACGUCCGGGCCGUGGUAUUUGUUGUUUCUCUCAGUGGAUACGACAUGACUCUAGUAGAGGACCCAUGUAUGAACCGCCUACAGGAGAGUCUGAAACUCUUCUCUUCCAUCUGCAACAACAUCUUCUUCAAGAGUACCUCAAUGAUCUUAUUUAUGAACAAGAUCGAUCUUUUUCAAGAGAAGAUUUUACAUUCGGGGCGGCAUCUGCGGCUGUAUGUGCCGCAGUUUAAAGGUGCAGACUGUGACGUUGACGCUGCGGCCCGAUACAUUGCCGGAAUGUUUGUGUCUCUCAACGCCACGCCCAGCAAACUCAUCUACCACCACUUCACCACGGCAACGGACACCUCCAACGUACAGAUUGUCUUCCAGGUAGUCAUGGACACCAUCAUCAAAGAGAACCUAGAGGCCGUCUCUCUGCUAUGAUUGGUUCUAAGAGUUCCUAUGAGUUCUAACAGUUCCGAUGGUGCUGGUUGGCUUCUGGACUCUGGGGUGAAGUUUCCCUCGGUACAGAGCUAGACUCAGCUUCCCCUCACCAAAUCAUAACCUUAAAGGGUCAAUCAGCUGUUGCUACGUCCAUUUUUGGACUUAGCAACUGGCCCAUUGAUUCUUGAAGAAUGGAACUUAUAAAUGGCUCAUGAGCUUAAUUCAAAAUAUACGCUUGUUUUACUCCGUUUGUAAACAACGUAAAUGUGAACAAAUAGCCUCAACAUGGUUCAAACUAGAAUGUUGAUAUCAUGGAUUGACAGUCUUUGCAUCCAUAGCUCUAGCUAUGCAUUUGAGAGAGGUUACACUUCUCCAGCCCCGUCCCUCAGCUGUUUACCAAAACGGGCGGGGAGGACGCUUUGUUAUUGUUUCAACUGCUGAUUUCCACUUUAACCGUUAGUGGGGAUAAUGGAAAACUGACCCAAGAUCAGUGACUAGGGGCUCCGUCAACCUACUCUGUUUUCUGGUUACGGAAGAAAAGCGUGUUUAAGUCGACUUCAUAAUGAAAGACCCAUCGGUUCAGUUCCUCUGGAACUGUAUACAUGACUUCCCAGAACGAGGAGGAGGUCUAUUGGAGAACAUUUGUCUUCACGGAACGAGGAGGAGGUCUAUUGGAGAACAUUUGACUUCACGGAACGAGGAGGAGGUCUAUUGGAGAACAUUUGACUUCCCGGAACGAGGAGGAGGUCUAUUGGAGAACAUUUGACUUCCCGGAACGAGGAGGAGGUCUAUUGGAGAACAUUUGACUUCACGGAACGAGGAGGAGGUCUAUUGGAGAACAUUUGACUUCCCGGAACGAGGAGGUCUAUUGGAGAACAUUUGACUUCCCGGAACGAGGAGGAGGUCUAUUGGAGAACAUUUGACUUCCCAGAACGAGGAGGAGGUCUAUUGGAGAACAUUUGACUUCACGGAACGAGGAGGAGGUCCAUUGGAGAACAUUUGACUUCACGGAACGAGGAGGAGGUCUAUUGGAGAACAUUUGACUUCACGGAACGAGGAGGAGGUCUAUUGGAGAACAUUUGACUUCCCGGAACGAGGAGGAGGUCUAUUGGAGAACAUUUGACUUCACGGAACGAGGAGGAGGUCCAUUGGAGAACAUUUGACUUCACGGAACGAGGAGGAGGUCUAUUGGAGAACAUUUGACUUCACGGAACGAGGAGGAGGUCUAUUGGAGAACAUUUGACUUCACGGAACGAGGAGGAGGUCCAUUGGAGAACAUUUGACUUCCCGGAACGAGGAGGAGGUCCAUUGGAGAACAUUUCACUUCCCGGAACGAGGAGGAGGUCCAUUGGAGAACAUUUCACUUCCCGGAACGAGGAGGAGGUCCAUUGGGGGAACAUUUCACUUCCCCGGAACGAGGAGGAGGUCCAUUGGGGGAACAUUUCACUUCCCUCUCCUUGUUUUUGUGAACAAUCAUGGACUAUGGUACAUAUUUAUUUGUGUUAUUGUUGUUGCUAUGCAACCCUAAUCAGAAUAGGAAUAAUACAACAUCAACAUUUUAAUUCUUAACAUACUUGUUAUAUUUCUGAUUCAUACCAGAGCUCAUUGGAGGGACCCUGUAGACGGUAAUGAUAGGUUUACUCUCAUCUUUGGUUGCUCGGUUACAGUCAUCCGGCUAAAUGCUCACUCAGCUUAGUGCAUGUCUUAGUGUGUGUGUGGGCAGGCAGGAGGAUUUACCGUUUGUCCAUUAGAUGCGCGGGCAGUGUGGUACUGGUGUGGAGGUGUGGAGUUAUGGGUCACUCAUCCAUACAGACUGUGUGUGUGAGGUAAGGGGUUCACUCAUCCAUACUGUGUGUGUGUUAAGGGGUUCUCUCAUGCAUACAGACUACGUGCAUUUUCCUCCCAUCCAUCAAUGCCUAUCACUCCUUAAUGGGACAGAGAUCACAGAAAACAACUGGCUUUAUUUAACUGCAGUAAAUCUCAUCACUCUUGUGUCCUGCUCUCCUUUCCUCUCUCUUGCUCUCUCUCUCUCAAACACCUCUUCCUCUCUCUCUCCCCUUCUCUCAAACACCUCUUCCUUUCUCUCUCCUCUUUUUUCUUAAUUUACAUGUUUUAUUCUGUCAUUCAUUUGGGGAUUUUUGUCUAAAUUGCUCAACAGACAAGUAUCUGUUGGAAGACUAUUGCUAUCAAACUAUUGUCUAAGCAUUUGAGAAAUAAAAUCUUACCAUUAUGUA